ACCAAGUCCAUCGUGAGCUACAACCACCUGGGGAACAAUGAUGGGAAGAACCUCUCGGCGCCACAGCAGUUUCGGUCCAAGGAGAUCUCCAAGAGCAACGUGGUGGAUGACACGGUCCAGGCCAACCCUGUCCUUUACGGCCCCCAGGACAAGCCCGACCACUGCGUGGUGAUCAAGUACGUGCCCUACGUGGGGGACAGCAAGCGUGCGCUGGACGAGUACACCUCGGAGAUCAUGAUGGGUGGCACCAACACCAUCGUCAUCCACAACACUUGCGAGGAUUCGCUGCUGGCCAGCCCCAUCAUCCUGGACCUGGCCAUCCUGACGGAGCUGUGCCAACGCGUCACCUUCUGCACUGAGGCCGACCCCGAGUUUCAGGGUUUCCACAGCAUCCUCUCCAUCGUCGCCUUCCUCUGCAAGGCCCCACUGGUCCCCGAGGGCACCCCCGUGGUCAACGCCCUCUUCCGCCAGCGUAGCUGCAUCGAGAACAUCCUCAG